UCUCUCUCUCUCUCUCUCUCUCUUUCUUGAGUUCAUCCUCAAAAGCUCCGGCUCCUAAGAAAGAAAUACUGUAGCCAGAGAAGAAAGAUUCAAUCUUUUGAAAAUGGAGGUCUCCACUGACACAGCUGCCACCUCCACCACCACCACCAACAACUGUGCCUCCUCUCCUCAAUCUCAAUCUUCCCCUAGUCUCUGCCCAUCUCCCUCUCCUCCUCCUCCUCCUCCUCCAACCUUUGUAGUCAGCCCCUGUGCUGCCUGUAAGAUCCUUCGUCGUCGAUGCAUCGAAAAAUGCGUCCUUGCACCUUACUUCCCUCCCACUGAACCCCUAAAGUUCACCACCGCUCAUCGAGUUUUCGGCGCUAGCAACAUCAUCAAGUUCUUGCAGGAACUCCCAGAGUCACAGAGGGCUGAUGCAGUGAGUAGCAUGGUUUAUGAAGCAAACGCAAGGAUUAGAGACCCAGUUUAUGGGUGCGCAGGAUCGAUUUGCCAGCUUCAGAAGCAAGUGAGUGAUCUCCAAGCACAAUUGGCGAAAACCCAAGCUGAGCUUGUCAACAUGCAAUGCCAACAGACCAACCUUCUGGCCUUAAUCUACAUGGAGAUGUCACAGUCUCAACCACAACAGCAACAACAACAACAACAGUUCACACAACCACCACCUCUGGACAGCUUCAUCAGUAGCCCACCUCACAGCUACCAAAUUAAUGGAAGCUUCUCAGAUGACAACAACAAUCUAAGCUCAUUAGUCUGGGAACCCCUCUGGACAUGAUUUUUCCACCGCCGCCGCCGCCGCCGCCGCCACCACCACCGCCACCAUGGCUGCGGGCUUUGAAUUCCCAUCUCAAAGAGAAACUAAUCUGUUUUAGUAGGCAGAGGUAGCUAGAGAGAGAGAGAGAGAGAGAGAGAGAGAGAGAGAGAGAGAGUUUCAUGAAUAAAUCACAAGAAACCAAGUGAGACCCGCAAAGUAGUAGUAUCUGAUAGGUUGGGGGAGAAGGCAAAGGCAGGAAGUCUUCAAAUGAAGAUGUUGAUGGGUUAUUUGGCUUUCCCUCCAUGUAUUCUUCAAAUUAACUAAAGAAACUGAAGUAACUGUG